AUGAUGCGGCCCGACGUCUGCCGCGUGCUGCUGGGCCUGGCUGUUGCAGCGGCGGCAGCUCGGGAGCCGCGGCGGCGACCGGCUGGGCUCCUCGCUGGCCACACCCGCGGUGGCCCCGGGCCCAGGCUACAUGUGACCAGUUCGACCUUGGCCGUCAGCGAAGACGACGUGGACAUGCGACCAGCCAGCAACAUCACGACGACGCUCAAGUUCACGGCGAAAGAUAUCUUCGAGUCCGAGGACCCCAUCGGCAUCAUAAAACAGAGAUCCAUGACGAUGGGCAAGGAGAUCGAGGAGUUCCCAAGGCACCUCGAAGAGAUGUGGAGGUCCAAUGCCGACGUGCUGCACACGCUGCUGCCCGGGCUCAAGCUCCGAACUAGCAGCACCCACGUGCUGCCAGCGGUCCUCCUCUCUGCCGUGCUGUGGCUGGGCUUCUACUUCGCCGAGCUGUACAGGGACGACCACGUGGAGCACCGCUUCCCGGAGUGGGAGCCCCGGGGCGAUGCCCUGAAGCCCCAGGUGGCGCCAUCUGCGCUGGACUGCGCCGACGUCGUGCUCGUCUUCCACCAUCCGGACUUCGAGCACCCCGACCAUGGCCAGCAGGUGCCAGUCGCCGUGCUGAGGGAUGCGCUCAUGUGCGACAAGGCGCGCUCCACCGAGGAUGCAGAGCGCGUGAGCGACCUCUUCUGCAAUUUUAAGGCGUUUCUGGAAUCCGGCGCUGGGGACAGAGACAGUGACCUAGAGUCACUUGAGGAGCCGCCGCCUAGAUUGAUCCGCAAGGAGACCAUCGCCAGGGAAGUGAGCAACAGGGCCAUCGCCGCUGGUCACAGAGCCGCGGGCGUCAUGAAUAGAGCCACUGGUGGGGCUAUCAAUAGAGCUAUCGGCCUGGCUGGAGGAAAGGUCAUGAUCGAUGCGCGCAUCGCACUGUUACAGGACAUGUUCGAAUGCCUGCCCACGCGGGGGUUUGACGUUAGCAUUUUCAGUUCUGUCGACAGCGACGAACUAUUCCUGACAAUCAGCCUUAACAGGCGACAGUGGGUCUCUCAUUACCUCUCUGAGUCAAACCUAGAGUUUCAGAUCACCCACUCGGUGGUCAAGGCGCUUGGCGUUGGGCAGGACCCACGCGAUCCGAACUCGUCUCCACCAUUUAUACCUUAUCCAGCUCACAUGGUCAAGCAAAUGCAUUCACAUGGCAUCAUCGCUACUGAGGAUGAGCGCUCGUUGUAUCGCACUUGGCACGACAGGAAUCCGCAGGGCUCUCUGCUGAGCAGCCAGGAGCGAAUCAACAUAAUCCUGGAAGGGCUGCAGGCCAACCUGGAUCUGGAUGUCGCCAAGGACAUCGGCUUGCUCGCCCAGUGGUACCCCGCCCACAGCCAAGCCUGGAUCCACACGCUGCGGGAGACGUGGGCGGACGGAUGGUCGAGUUUAAAGUUUGUGCAACCGGUUUCCCUCCUGAACGACUACUUUGGCUCGCAGGUGGCCUUCAACUUUGCCUGGCAGGGGCUCUACUGCAAGGGUCUCGUUGCCCUUUCCGUCGUGGCUGUCGUGGUGGAGAUGCUGAAAGCGCUUCCGCCGGUCCUGGUCGGCGUAACGAUCAUCAACGUCAGGGUCAUGCUUCCUUUCAGUCUGGUUCUCGCCAUCUGGGCGCGGCUCAUGGCUAAUUUGUGGGAGCGCGAGGAAGAAUAUUUCACUCAUCGAUGGGACUUGCACGUUGGAAAAAUCACACGGGUUCAGCGUCCAAGCUUCAGGGGCGAACUGUAUCAGUCUGACGUCGAUGACACGCUGAUGGACGACAGAAUGUCCUGGGGCGAAGCGUUCCGCCGGAAAUCCUUUUCCAUGUGCGUCACCUUGAGCUGUUGUUGUUUUGUCAUGUGUGUCAUCAGCACUUGGAUCUACACGCAUGGUGGAGAUAUGGACCUGGCGUCGAACCUGGCACUUUCCCUUUUCAUUCAAGACAUUUCUGAGUUCUGCUACAAUGCGCUAUCCACUAAUCUUGCGCAGUUCGAGAACCAUAAGUACGAGGACUCUUUUCAUGACUCCUGGGUGUGGCUUCAAUUCCUUUUCCAGGCGAUCAACAGCUACUGGGCUGUCGUCUCCAUCGCCAUCAACCAGCUGUGGUCUGGCCGCUGCGUCAACGAAUUGUGCCUUCAGAGGCUGAAGGAACAGACAACAUUGCUGAUGCUGAUACUGCUCUCUUGCAGCGUGGCGUUCUCUGCCAUCGAGCUGGCACUCGUACGUGUCUCCCUCGAGCUGGAGGACCGCAACCUCAAGCGCCAGUUGGGCAGGGAGGAAGCCAUGAAGAGAGCGAGCCAGCGGUCGUUCCUGGAGGAGCAGGCGAAGUACCGAUCGUUUGAGACGAAAGAACAGAUCGAGAACACGCUGCAGCUCGUUCUCGCCCUCGGUUACGUGCUGCUCUUCGGCACGCUCCAGCCUCUGGUGGUCCCUCUGUGCCUGGUGCACUUUGCAGUCACGCUCCGCGUGCGGGCUGCGCUACUGACGCGGUACGCGAAGAGGUGCGUGCCGCACAAGCUCGUGGGCAUCGGCGCCUGGAAGCGUGUGGUCUACAUCCUCAUGAACACUGGUAUAUUUUUCAGUGGGUUUCUCUUGGUAUACUGGGGCCGCUUCUUCAAGGGCGGCGCCCUCGUUGCAAAACUCACUGGCAUGAUCCUGUGGUUUAUAGUCGUUCAUGGCCUGUGGUUUGUGGUGGACCUGUUCGUGCCAACGACGUCCGGCGAUCUGAGCGUGCUCGAGAGGCGCCGCAGGCACGUGGAGCGGAUCGUGAUGGAGGCCUCCAUGCACAAGCACAUGGGAGCGAAUCUCUCUGCGAGGUCCGCCAGGUCCCUCAUGUCCCUCGAGAGUGUCGCCGAUUCCGUGGCGAGCGCCCACGAGCAGCUCAUCACCCAGAGGUCGAGGCGUCUCGGUCACAUUCGCCAGCUUGGCCGAACCACCGGCGACGAGGACGUCGCACCCGAUGACGAGAGGUGCGCCCGGCUCGUGGCGGCGAGGCAGUGGUCCAGCAUCCCAAUGUUUGUCUGCGAGGUGGCUGAGCGCACGAAGACCAGCGACGGUCCCGCGAAGGAGGCGUAA